GGAUAAUUGGGAGAGUCUCUUACUUAUCAACUUACUCAAUUUAGGUGCCCACAAAUGUAUGGAUGAGUAGCCAAAUAUAAAAUUUGAAACUAAACAAUGGAAAAUGUAAGAAAAGUUCAACCCUUUUCCGCUUAUUGAUACAGAAGUUUAGGGGCGAACCCUGUGUCGAACUUGCGUUGAAUUCAACCUGGACCGUGCCGCCAUGGAGCAGCUGCUGAUAAAGGGACGAUUUUGACAUUCAUGUGGCAUGCAAAAGCUCGCCAAUGCGGGCAUGCCGCUGUUUCUCUGCUGUUUCUCUCGCUUCCAUACAACUACUAGCUUUGCUAAAACCACCAACCCAAAGUCCAAUGUUUCUCUCUACUCAAUUUCCGCCCUCCUCAAGCUCUGCAAGACCCACAUCGAUCUCCACCAAGUUCAUGCCCAUCUCAUCCAGAAAGGGCUCGAGCAAGAUAGUUUCCUUGUGACCCAAUUCAUCUCCGCUUCCAACUCAGUUGCCCACAUCUCCUAUUCUACAUCCGUCUUUGAUCGUGUUCUCUCACCCUCUACAUUUCUUUGGAACUCUCUCGUCAGUGGGUACUGUGCGAAGUUGCAAUUUGUUGAUAUUAUUUCGCUAUAUGUCCGUAUGAAGAGGGAAGACGGCGCUCCCGAUAGGUAUACAUUUCCUUCGCUUCUCAAGGUGUGUGCAAGUGAGGGGAAGAUGAUGGAAGGGAUGGCCCUUCAUGGAUCCAUUUUGCGAUGUGGUGUUGAUGAGGAUAUAUAUGUUACGACGAGUUUAGUGAACUUGUAUGGGAAGGGUGGGUUAAUUGAUUGUGCUCGUAAGGUGUUUGAUGGAAUGUCAGAGAGGAAUGUGGUUUCUUGGACGGCUAUGAUUGUUGGGUAUUCGAGCAUUGGGAAUUUGGUGGAGGCAAAGAGGCUUUUCGAUUUGAUGCCGGAGAGAAAUGUGGCGUCGUGGAAUGCAAUCAUAGGUGGGUACAUGAAAAUGGGUGAUGUAAAGAGUGCUGAGAAGGCGUUCGAUGAGAUGCCAGAGAAGAAUGUUGUCUCUUUCACAACAAUGAUCGAUGGGUAUGCAAAAGCUGGCGACAUGCUUUCUGCCAGGAACUUAUUUCAAAAAGCACCUGAAAGGGAUAUUAUUGCAUGGUCGGCUUUGAUAUCUGGGUAUACACAAAAUGGUCAGCCAAAUGAGGCAGUCAAGACUUUUCUUGAAAUGAGUUCUAGGAAUGUGAAACCUGAUAAGUUUGUAUUGACAAGCUUAAUGUUAGCUUGUUCUCAGUUGGGUAAUUUGGAUUUGGCCAAAUGGGUUGACUCAUAUGCUACCAGGUGUUCAGUUGAUCUACGCGGGGCACACGUUACGGCCGCUCUUAUAGACAUGAAUGCUAAGUGUGGAAACAUGGAGCGAGCCAUGUAUCUGUUCGAAAAAAUGCCUAAAAGGGACCUAAUCUCCUAUUGUUCUGUAAUGCAAGGUUUGUCAAUCCACGGGCAUGGAGAUCAAGCUGUGUCACUCUUUGAGAGGAUGCUAGGUGAAGAUCUAACCCCCGAUGACGUGGCCUUCACAGUCAUUUUAACAGCUUGCAGCCGUGCUGGACUUGUAGAUGAAGGCUGGCAUUACUUUGAAAUGAUGAGGUGUAAAUACUCCAUGGUUCCCUCUGUUGAUCACUAUGCAUGUAUUGUUGAUCUUCUUAGUCGAUCUGGGAGGCUAAAAGAAGCUUAUGAGCUCAUAAAAUCCGUACCUGUUCAAUCUCAUGCUGGUGCAUGGGGUGCACUGCUUGGGGCCUGCAAAUUAUAUUGCGACUCUGAGCUUGCAGAGGUGGUAGCUUCUCGACUUAUUGAGAUUGAGCCUGAAAAUGCUGGCAAUUAUGUGCUAUUAUCCAAUAUCUAUGCUGCAGCAGAUAGGUGGCUGGAUGUGUCUGCUGUAAGAAACCAAAUGAAUGAAAGAGGGCUUAGAAAAAUACCCGGUUGCAGUUGGAUUUAAUGUAUGACGACCUUACUUGACUUAACAAGAUCUAUUCUGUACGUUAUACAAGUGUGCCAUUGAGUUCCAAAGUUGGAUUUGGUGUAUGGCACUGCCGAUGCAAUUUUAUCUGAACCAGCAUGGAUCUGUCUCGGUUUAUCAUCUUGAUUCAUUAGACUGUCAAUAUCAUUGCUAUGCUGUUGCUGGUAUUCAACAAUGAGAAAGAAUUGAAAUUGAAGUUAAUAGCUGAAAACUGAAUUGUGUUCCAAGUAAGUCGUGGCCACAGCAGCAUGAAGAGCUGCUCCAAUUGGAAGAGCCUCUUCAUCAAGGACAAAGUGCGGUGAGUGCACUGGCCGAUUUGAUCCCAGAGUCUCGUUCCCUGUCCCAAUCACAUAUAUGGUAGCUGGAAUCCUCUGUGAGAAGAAGCCAAAAUCUUCAGCUCCCAUGGUCCAUGGAAGGAGUUGCACAUUGGAUUCUCCAAGUAAGCUAUUUCCUACCCUAUUUACAUGUUCAAACAAUGCUUCAUUGUUAACCAUUACUGGUGUAUCCUCCAUAAACUUCACUGAAGCAUAACAGUGGUGAACCAUUGCUUGUGUGCUGAUGACCUGUUGAGAAGGAAUUUAGUUUUGUCCAGCUUCAGAAGUAAAAUUGAAAUUUGUUAAGUUGGUCAACUAAAAUACAUCUCAUACCUCUCUGAUCCUUUCUUUGAGGUAAGAGAAACCCUCAGGCGACAAGCUCCUAAAUGUUCCCCCAACUUUCACGGUUUCAGGAACUACAUUUUCUGCUUGCCCUCCGUCAACAAAUGCAACUGUCACCACCUACAUUGCUGAUUAUUAGUUAACUACAUUGUGUUUUCAAGUUGCAUUCAGUUUAUUGAGUGAACUGGCCAUUUUUCAGUUGUUUGGACUGAAGUUUUGAAUCUUGUUGAGAAUAUAAUAUUAUUCUGUCCUUGUGAU